UUCCGAUAUAACGAGGUUACUGAAACCUUGUGAUGUCCAUGCACCAUUUAACUAGCAUUUCAAAAAAAUGAAUUUACAACUGUAAUACAGAUAAAUUAAACAUGGUAUUCCUUUCGAUGUGUUUGUUGUCUGAAAAGCUGAUUAGAAAGAGUAAACGAAAAAUAUUGGACAGCCUAAGAAUAUACGUUAAAGGCGGUUCUGGAGGAUUUGGAUUAAAAAAAUAUGGUGGAAUUGGAGGGGCUGGAGGAGAUGUAAUUGCUAACGGUUUAAAAGAUGCAACGUUUAAAGAUAUUCUUAAAAAAAACCGUUCCAAAAGAUUUAUUGCGGGACAUGGUGAGAAUUCAAGUAGCAAACGGAUCUUAGGAAAGAAAGGAAGUGAUUUGACAAUCCAAAUUCCACUCGGUGUUACAGUUUAUGAUGAAGCAGGAUCUAAAAUUGGGGAAGUAAAUAAAGAAGGUGAAAAAGUGCUUCUAUCUGAAGGAGGUAUCGGAGGUUGUCAGGAUACUGAUUACUGCGGUAGGACUGUUGAAGGAAAAGUAGUGACGUUGGACCUCAAAUUGAUUGCUGACAUAGGGCUUGUUGGUUUCCCUAAUGCUGGGAAAUCAACACUUCUUUCAAUCUUGUCAAAUUCAAAACCAAAAAUUGCAUCUUACCCUUUUACAACAAUAGAACCAAACAUAGGAGUAAUGCAAUACAACGAUUUAAGAACAAUAACUAUGGCAGAUCUUCCAGGACUUAUUGAAGGUGCUCAUGUAAAUAUUGGGAUGGGAUUUAAGUUUUUAAAACAUGUUGAACGAACAAAAAUUCUAUUGGUUGUCGUUGAUGUAUCAGGCUUUAGACUUAGUGUGCGUCAUAAUAUUAGAUCAUGUUUAGAAACAAUUGUAAUUUUAAACAAAGAACUGGAAUUAUACAGGGAGGAGCUUCUGACGAAACCUGCUGUCCUUGUAGUGAACAAAAUGGAUCUUCCCCGAGCCAAGGAAACAUUUUACACAAUUGAAAAAAGCAUUGGAAAUUUAAAAGAUUGUUUCAAUACUGUACCUGAAGAGCUGAGGCCAAAAGUGCCCUUCAAAUUCCGCGAUAUAAUCGGAAUACAGGCUAUUAACAAAGAUGAAACUGAAAUAAAAAAACUCAAAGAUAUCCUUAGGAGGGCAGUCGAUGAAACUGAAUUAGACAAAGAGUUAGAUAAAGAAUCCCAGUUAUUCGAAUUUAUUGACAAUAGAUUGAAAAUACACGGGCCAAAACUUAUAUAAUAUCUAUAAUUUUUAU